GUUUGGGUGUAGUCCGUGGCAACCGCCCCUCUUGUUCUAAAUUUAGCUUGCUCAUGUGCCAAGAACUGGUGGAAUAAUUUCAAAUUUAAAAAUAGAACUUAAGAAUUUGUAAAUUUGGGUGAGCACGCAGUGCUUAGCUUUAGUGCAAGUUUUGCGAAUAAAAAAUGGAGAUUAAACUUUUAUCGUGUCCCUUGUGUCUCAAGCCGCAUUUCCAGGGGGUUGAGUCUUUGCGUUCUUCUCUAAUAAGUGUAGCAACUUCUCAUCUCACUUGCCCCGUUUGCAAUGAAUCUCUCUUAGGACUAGACAAAUUGACCAUACAUUUGUUUACUCACAUCAGUGAUAUUGGCAGUAAAAAUGAAGAAAAUGUGAUAGAGAAAAGCGAAAAAGAAAUUGACGAAAGUAUUAAUAGCUUGAACAAGUCAUUGGUAGAGAGCGACAGUGAGCGCAUUAAAUGCGAUAUUUGCAACUUCACUUUUACAGACAAAACGAUCUUAGAUAUGCACCAGAAGCUUUUACACCAAACCACACCUGAUAAAAACACAGGUCUUUACAGUUAUCACUGCCAUUUGUGCAGUAAGAAGUUUAAGAAAAGGGGAAGUCUUAUGGUGCAUCUCAGAGUUGCACAUUACGGAUUUGGACACCAAAGUCCCCAAGAUAUGACCAUGGAUGUUAGCACAUCCACCAAAACCACCGAACAAAUCAAGAUUCAAGACAACAAACAAUGGGAAUGCGAUGUUUGUUCGAAAAUGUUCACAACGAAAUAUUUUUUAAAAAAGCACAAACGGCUUCACACUGGAGAAAUGCCUUAUUUUUGCGCCCAAUGUAACAAAUAUUUCACUUUCCAACAGUCGUAUCACAAACACAUGCUGUAUCACUCGUCGGAAAAGCCCUACGUUUGUAACGAAUGCGGCCGAGCUUUUAAGGAACUUUCCACUCUCCAGAACCAUGCCAGGAUUCACUCAGGAGAAAGACCUUUUGGUUGCGAAACUUGUGGCAAACGGUUCAGACAGCGCGUUUCUUAUUUAGUUCAUCAGAGAAUCCACACCGGAGUAAUGCCUUACAAAUGCACAGCUUGCGAUAAAAGCUUCCGAUAUAAAGUGAGUCAAAGGUCCCACAAAUGCCCCGCGAAUCCUCCAGGAUCGGUUGUAAAAAUCCCGGAACCGGAAAAAAAUCAAAAAAUUGAAACGGCCACUUCUAGUAGCGCCCAAAAAGAAUCGAACGUGAAGUGUAUAAUGUCGGUUGAUUACAACACUGGAAAUAUAAAUUUUAUUCAAGACAACCACAACAGUGAAAUUAAAGUGAUGUACUUGGAACCGCAAAAAUCAGAAAAGACCGAUUUGUGCACAAGGGUUGAAAGUUCACCACCAGUUUUUGUAACAGAACAACCGGAUUUAUUUUCAAUGGUUUUAUCGCCGAUUUUGCCGGAUGUUGAAUCGCUAUGUUUGACUAAUACUCAGAAAAUUGAAAAUAAAAAUUGCGAAAACCUUGAGGAAUCUUUAAACGAAUUGUUAUAUGGAGCAGAUAAUAAAUAAGUGUUGUGUAUGAUUUUUGUAACUUGAAUAUAAUUAAAGUUAAGAUUUGUCACUAGUUUUGUAUAAUUUACCAUUUUUUUUUCUCACAUUUAAAUUAAUAAAGUGAUGCAAGACGA